AUGGCGAUGGGAGCCAGGAAUUGCCAACUUAUUCGAUUGUCCACCAUAUUUUCAACAGCUGUGAGAUAUUUUGCCAAGAAACCCAAGCCAAAGAUGAAACCAAUCGAACUGAAUACGCCGCCUGAGCAAACUCAAACCAUCACAAGAGCUAUCUUUGAUAUCCUCAAGGAACAUGGACCCCUUACAGUCAAUGAAACCUGGGAUCGUGUUAAGGAAGUAGGACUGAGAGGGUUGAGCAGCAAAAGGCACAUGAAAAUAAUUCUGAGAUGGAUGAGAGAAAGGCAGAGGCUUCGGAUCAUAUGCAAUCAUGUCGGACCACAGAAACAAUUUCUGUACACAACAUGGUUUACAAAUCCAAACAUCACCAACACGACUAGGCAAGGCAAAUCAUCUUCACACCCGAAGCUGCCGUAA